CGAUCUACUGGACUGGACAGACGGAUAAAUAGUCCCGCCAGAGCGCUUAACCGUCCCACCAACCUGACCUCCUCAGAAAGAAGGUGAAUUUAACACACUGCCACCAUGACGGGAAAAGAAGAGACUAUAGACGAAAAACCUAAGGUUAAACUGUAUCCAUCAUUCGGAAUCGACAAAUCACGUCUUAAUGGAUCUGGAUUUAGGUCCAAAGGAUUCGCAAUCACAGAUCUGCUCGGUCUGGAGUCGGAACUUCAGCCGCAUCAGUCCGGUCCUGGCGCGGGGGCCAAUGGAGAGGGGCAGAGCGCGGCGCUCGGAGGAUUUGCUUUCCCGGGAGGCACUUUGCCGCUCGGCUUGGGUUUUCUCUGCAGUUUGGCGGCACAACAACCUCCCGGUUCCUCGUGUUUUCUCCCGAGCCACAUCCCGCUCCUGCAGUCACGGACAGAGAGUCACUUCAUGCAGAAUCUAGAACAGCAACGAGACGCCUAUUCCGAUGAUGAUUGUCUUUCUGGGGAUAACAAUGAUGGGAAGAACUCAGGGAACUCACAAAAGAGGAAGAAGCGAAGGCACAGGACAGUUUUCACUUCGCAUCAGCUUGAGGAGCUGGAGAAAGCCUUCCAUGAAGCGCACUAUCCAGAUGUGUACGCAAGAGAAAUGCUGGCCAUGAAGACAGAGCUACCAGAGGACAGGAUACAGGUAUGGUUUCAAAAUCGCCGUGCUAAGUGGAGGAAAAGGGAGAAGUGCUGGGGCCGCAGCAGCGUUAUGGCAGAAUAUGGGCUCUAUGGUGCGAUGGUCCGUCACUCCAUUCCACUUCCAGAAUCCAUCAUCAAUUCGGCCAAGAAUGGCAUGAUGGGCUCCUGUGCUCCCUGGCUUCUAGGUGAGCCAGCAGGAAUGCACAAAAAAUCUCUGGAAAUCACAAAAAAAGCUCCCGGUUCACCUGAAUCGACGCAUUCAGAUUCAUAUUCAGACGAACACAAGGGGAAGGACAGUGACACAACAUGGUCGAGUGGAACUACCGGAGCAGACGACUCAGAGGACAUGGCAAUAGAUUUGUCCAGCACUUCAAAACAAGAGAGUAAAAGCACUUUGAAAAGAUCACCACCUCGCACAGGAGACGGCAGUGAUUCUGAAACUGAGAGUUAAAUAUGCCAAUUAAUAUGGACAAUAUUGAAGUGCACACGCAGUAAAAAGGGGCAAAAAGGUUUAUAUAGUCUGUCAUCUUUUGACAAUGGUUUUGUUUUGUCAGCUUUCCUGUAUUAUGAUUUUUUUGUUGUUGUUGUUGUUGUUGUUUAUCAAGUAUUUGAUUACGAGACUUUUUAUUCUAAAUUAUUUUAUCUUUCAUGUGUAAAAAGUAUUCAUGUAAAAAGUGUUAAAUAUUAUGUUUUAUGUUACGUUCAUGGGAAUUAUCCAUAAAUCUGAUUUAAAAUAAGUUUUAAAUUAUUAUUAUUAUUAUUUUUUA